AAACAAAUAUUAAAGGCCCAUCGAAUUUGGUUCAACUCGCUUGUCUAUCAAAUUUUUAGAAAAUUCAAGAACAGUGAUUUUGCAGGUCAAGUAAUGAAAAUUGAUCAGUCAAGUUCACAGUGUCAGAAAGUGGCGCGUGCAAUUCAAGGAACAAAUCAAUUUUUUACAAAUUUAUCAGAGUGGACGGACGAGUGAAAUUUGGCGCGCUCCGCCGCGGACCAAAUUGCAUCAGUCGCCGAUUAUUGACAAGAAAACAACGUGCGAGGAGAGGCCUAUUCAAGCGUAAUCCAGAUGAAUCUUUUCCUGUACACGACCAGAGACACGUCCAAUGGUCCACGGUGGUACUAAGUCGAGUGGUCUAUAAAGUACUCGGCUACACCUUGCGGCCUUUCAGUCGGCGACAAAAUGCGAUUAGUGCUCCUGGUUCCAAUAUUACUUGUUUGCAUCGUUUCCGUGUCAGGAAAAAAGAAGAAAAUCAUAAUCCAUGUACCGUACAAAGUUAAAGUUAUCCACCACUUGCACACCAUUUACAAGCACGUCUGGGACAAAGAAGAGCCCAAAGUGACCCACGGUGGUCACCACUACAAUUUUCACCAUUCACACAACUCAGACCAAAGUCACUCAUCUGGGGGCGGCGGAGGCGGUUCGGGAGGUCACGGCAGCGGAGGACACGGAGGUUCAGGUGGAAGCUCAGGAAGUGGGUCAGGAGGACACCAUCAUGGCGGUGGGGGCUCUGAAGGUCAUCACCACUAUGGGGGCGGAGGUCAUCACCAUGAAGGCGGAGAUGGCUCAGGAGGUCACCACUAUGGGGGUGGAGGUGACUCUGGUCACCACCAUGAUGGCGGGGGUCAUUCUGGUGGUGGAGGCGGACAUUCAGGGUCAGGUGAGGACCAUCACGGAUCCUCUGAAGAAAACGGCGGAGGUCACUCUGGGGAUGACGAUGGCCAUCAUCAUUAUCAUCAUUACCACUUCGGGAUGAGCCUCGAGGACAAUCACCACCACCCUGAGCACCACCACCACGAAAGUGACGAUUCGGGCGACGGACACAAAUCGUUCCAUCACGAGGACAAGCACGAGGACUCGUCAGGGUACGACGGUUCAGACAGCAACUCGUGGAACCACCACACGGCGCACGCGGACAGUUACAGCCACAAGGACCACCACAGUUGGCGCAGGUGACUAGUGGUUGUCCUGGCCGUGCCCUCCGCCAUUGGUCUCACCCUGCUCGCCUGCUUCUAUGUGUUGAGAUGAAACACUGAACAACAAAUAAUGUGAUUUUGCACUAUUGUUCAAGUUUUCAUUCUUAUUAUUUAUAU